GUCUUUGAACGCAACAGCGGAAGUUAAGGAAAGUGGUUUUUUUUGGGUCAAGGAAAAGAAGCAAAGCGGACUACUCGAGAUGGCGGCCACUGGGAGGCUUUGGCUGUUUUUCUGUUGUUAGCUAUCGCAUCGACAGCUUACAAGUCGCUAGUUGAGCUCAGGUCGACGGCAACACCUCGGACAUGGAGUUGACACGUUUGAGCCAUGUUGUAGUAUUUUUAUUCCUCUCGGACAUUACGUCGGCCUACGUGGUGCCCCCAAGCAACGUGACUCUGCAGUGCGGCAACCUGGUCAACAAGGUGUCGUGGAACUACGACCGCCCGCCUGCGGGUCUGCGAUUCCGGGUGGACCUUGGCCAGGUGUCCGGAGGAAAUAUUGAUCCGGUGUGGGUGGAGCUUCCCGACCUCCAGGCGGACCUCUCCUUCCUGUCCGACCAGAGGAACGACUACGUCCUGACGGUGACCGCCGUUCUCUGGGAGGAGGAGUCAGAGGCCGUUCCCGCUGAAGGCAUUUCCUUCAGCUACUUCAUCGACUCUCCUGCCACUCAGAAAUGUUCUUUGGAUUUCCCGCCUGUGACUGUGUCGGAGCAAAAGGAUAACAUUGUCUCGGUCAGCUUCCAGCAUCCGUGGCUCAUGUACCACCAUGGGCUUCCUCCCCGAUUGGACUCCACAAGCAGGAAGAGGAGGAGACACGAGCAGCUGGACAAGCCUCUGCCCGUCUUCAAAUACGACGUCACCCUCGGAAAGAAUCAGUUCACCCACCUGCAGUGCACCGAGGAAGUGUGCGAGCACAAGCUGCCCGCGGACGCCGUCCUGCGGGAGCACUGCGCCGUCGUCAGGGGGGAGCUGGAGAGGAUCGCCGUUCGCGGCACGCAGGAAUACUGCGCUCACCCCGUGCAGGGAAACAGAUACUGGGUCAUCCUUGUGGUGUUACUGAUCGCACUGAUUCUGAUCGCAGUCUGCACCACCCUCUUCAUGGUCUGGUGGAAAAAGACCAAACCCUCGUCCGAUCUGCCACCCUCCCUGCGUUUCGAUGGAAGUGUUGAGGAGUUGAAGGGAGCGCCCCUGACGGUUUCCAACUCGUCCGCGCCGCUGCUGUUUGAGGAGCAGCCUCCCUCGACCGGCGAGGCGGAGCAGCCUCCCUCGACCGGCGAGGCGGAGCAGCCCCACCUGUCCUGCGAGGCGGAGCCGUCCGGCGAGGAUGAGGUGGGUGACGCGGAGGAGGAAAAUCCGCAGGCGUACGUCGGAAGCGAGGACAUCGAGGAAGACGACGGCAAAGAGACUUUGGACAAUGAUCCGUACGAGAGACGCAACGUCGUCGUCAGGCUGUCGCUGGACGAGGACGUGGAGGGCUACCGUGGCUGAAGGUUUGACUUUUUUUAAAAAAAAGGGAAUUUUUAUUUGAUUAGGACCUUUGUGUAACUUAUGGUAUAUCGUGAGCAUUACUACUGCUCCAGUCCCCUCAAAGAAAACUCAAGAGUACUCGUGGGGGUUAAGGUCCAAGCCAUGACCUUCAUUUGCGAAAAUUUGCCAUGCACCAAUAUUGGUGCUUCCCAACUCGUUAAAGCAAAAAUAACAAUUAGCAUUAAGCCACGCAAACUUUCUGCGCAAUUUACACAUUAACUGAGCUUGAAUAUACAAACGCUAAGACUGACAACAAUUGAUUUAUGUAAGAAAUAUUGCGUAUCGAACUUCAAAGUAAAAUAUAGCCGAACUGUACUUUUUAUUUAAACUUCGCUUCACAAAUCACUACUACAGUCUCAAAUGUAUAGUUUGUAUCUCAAACUCUGAUCUUAGAAUACUUUAUAUAUUUCACACUCCAGCUAGAACAACGCCUUUAAAAAUAUAAUUUCCAGAUGAUUUGAUUUUGAAAGCGCGAGGAUGCUUGCUUGUGUGUCGCCGCCGGGCACCUUCUUAUGAGUCUUUUUAAAUAUUGCGCAUACAGAGAACGUUGCAAAUGACUAUCGUUAGUCGGCCACUUCAUUAGCCGUCAGCCUGCGGGCGACGACGGCGCCUCCUCCGAACACAACCGGGCACUUCUUAAAAACACCACUUAGUCCUACCUUCUUAUGAGCCUUUUUUUAAAAAAUAUUCCGCAUACAGAGAGCAUUGCAAAUGACUAUCGUUAGCCGGCCACUUCAUUAGCCCUCAGCCUGUGACACAACACACUUGCCAUCUACGCGGCCGCCUUUUCGAUAGGUAAUUAAAGGUGUCAUCUGGAUCAUUUUGAUCCAUUUGUUCCACGGUUUUGUUUUUUUUAAUGCUCCGGUCCUUGUUGUGGAAAGGAAAAUAAAAAUCGGCUACCGGAAAUGUCCAAAAAGUGCCCGAGGAAUCUCGACCCAGCGGCUCCGAUUCCGGCUGCAGCGACACCUCUGACUUGGAGAGGGAGUGCAGCACGUUUACAAAACCGCACGCGGAGAGAGCCGCAACGACGUACGUCUGCACUGUUGCCACACGCGUGGGUGUAAAGAGGCCUUCAGGUCCUCCGGUCCAAGUCAUUUUGCGAAUGGGCCUUGGCAAAGGUGAACGUCAUUUGGGAUUCUGAACUGCAAUCCCAAGAAUGAAGAGAUGCGUAGUACAACUUGAAUCACGUAAAACUACCCCAGACUGCAGAGGGGACGGGAAACUGGUUACAACACUUUUUGUAGGUUAUUAAGGUGAAUGUCUUUAAAAUAUUGAAGAAGUAGUGCAGGGAUGCUCACCUAGCUGGUGGCAAGCAGCUCGUUAGUUCAAAUUAGCGAAAUACACUAUCAUGUAUGAUUUGUUCAAUUUUGAUUUCCAAUGUGCUCUUAAAUGACGACUGCACAUAUUUACACAAUUCACAUGUAGUUACAAAAAAUGCAAACAUUUCAUAGCAAAGGGAAUGAAAGUAUUUUCAUUUUCGGUUGCAGCAAUUCCUGCACUACACUGUGUGUAUGUGGCAAGCGCGUGCCGACAACUUCACUGAGAACGUCCGUGCCGCUUUUCAGAAUCUUCGGCUAAUCCAAGCAUCCAACAACUGCGCUUCCAUUGCGGAUCUGCGAUGAUAGGGAGGGGGGUGGGGGUGGGGGGGUUCAUGCACCCCUUGGGCGGCAUUGUCAGGUGUUAGCUGUCGUCUGAAAGUGGCUUUUGAUCCUCAGCCAGCCGGGCUGGUCAAGUCCUGGGUGGAGAAACUUGAGUGGCAGGCCUCCUGAUGAUGUAAAUAAUUUUUGUACUUUGAGUCUUUUAAAAAAAAAAAAAAAAAAAGGCUACUAGUUAAAAGUGUUUCCUUCCACAUAUUUACGUACCACUUGUUGGCCAUUUGUGACAAGUGGCAGUGUCAUUUGAUGGCACGCGCGGCUGCAGCUAUACUUUGCACGUGUUUUGUUUGAGGGUUUUGAACUCUUGCAGCUUAAUCUCGGCUAUGACACACCGGCACAGGCACAGACAUGCGCGCACACAGCAGACUGGAGUCACUCAAAGUACUUUUGCAGUCGUCCUGGCCCUGCACUUCCCUUUUGUCAAUUACUAAUGGUAUUUGCACUUUGAUUAUCGGGCUGCUAAGAAUUGUACUUAAAAAAAAAAAAAAAAUGAAAUCCCUUCUUGGUUUCAGUACUUUAUUGGAGGGGACAAAAAGAAAUCCUUCGCAUUAGGCCGACGCUUCUUUGCCUUUUCAGGCAAAUUUUGAACGGGCAAAAAAAUGUGAUUGAAUCAACUGCUGCUGUUGUGUAAUUCCGACACGUUAACGUGUUUUACUACAUCUUCAUUAUCCCCUAUCGAGCCAUUUUUUUGUCGUCCAAGGACCAUACAAAAAAACAACCUAAUAUAUCUGACAGCAUGCUGAUAUAAUAUACACUGGAUUGUGAGAUUGAGUUUUUGUAUUGCAGGCCACGUUACGUCCAUGUGGGCACUAUCCUAGUUCCGACUUGCCACUACUUCAGUUAUCUGUCAAUGUAGUAUCGCCUUGCUGUCUCUGUGACUUCUCUUUGCUGUUAUGUGCCAUUUUUGUUUCAAUAAAUGCCUCAACGGGGUGGAUGAGGAAAAGCCAAAGUCA